AUGUCUGAUGAAGAAGAAGUUGUUUAUGUGAAGAAACAAAAGACCAUUCACUAUGGAUCACUUGAAGAAACCAUGGAAAAUCGGAUGAAACAGAUUAGAAGUGAGGCAGAAAAUACUGUGCCGGUUGCAACUGUUACAUCUUCACAAAUUCCUGAAUAUUUCGAUAUAGACAGUGAAAUAGAACGAGACAAAACAGCAUUAUUAGAAGAGUUUGAGAGGAAAAAGAAAGCUCGUCAAAUCAACGUUAGUACUGAUGAUUCCGAGAUUAAGAAGAGCUUAAGACAGCUUAACGAACCUAUUUGUCUGUUUGGUGAAGGACCGGCUGAAAGACGUAUUCGUUUAAGAGAAUUAUUGUCGAUGCUAGGAGAGAAUGCAAUCAAUAAAAAGUUAGACGAAGAAGAUAACAAAAAAGUGACAGCAAAAGAUCAACAAGACAAUUCUCAAACAUGGUAUCAUGAAGGAAGUGAAGCUUUAAGAAUCGCUCGAUUAUGGAUUGCAGAUUAUUCACUACCAAGAGCAAAAGAUCGUUUGGAUCAAGCAAAAAAGCUUCAAGAAAUUCCUUCAGCGACAAAAGCUAGUAGAAUUGUAGAGUUGCAAAAAAAAGUUCAAGCAUUGGUGCCACAAUGUUCCCAAGUUGGAGACACUCGACCUAUAAGUGCUUGUUGCUUCAACAAAGAUUCAUCUUUGCUCAUGACUUCAAGUUGGUCUGGACUAUGCAAAGUCUGGUCAUUGCCAAAUUGUGAACUCAUUCAAACACUUCGAGGUCACACACAUCAUGUUGGUGGAGUUGCUUUUCGUAACAAUAUUUCAACAGAUUGCUUUAAUGAAGUUACAAUGGCUUCGUGUUCUGCUGACGGAAUGGUUAAGCUUUGGGGGUUCAAUAGUGAAGAAUCAAUUGCAGACAUUUCUGGACAUGUUCCGCAUCGUGUCUCGAAACUUUCGUUUCAUCCUUCAGGAAGAUUCUUGGGAACAGCUUGCUAUGACUCCUCAUGGCGUCUUUGGGAUCUUGAACAAAAACAGGAAGUUUUACAUCAGGAAGGACAUUCAAAGGCAGUACAUUCAAUUGCUUUCCAAAUCGAUGGAAGUGUUGCUCUCACUGGUGGUCUCGAUGCUUUUGGAAGAGUUUGGGACUUGAGAACUGGCAGAUGCAUAAUGUUCCUCGAUGGACAUUUGGGUAACAUUUAUGCUGUGGAUUUCUCACCAAAUGGUUUUCAUAUGAUUACUGGAAGUGAAGAUAAUACUUGCAAGGUUUGGGACUUGAGAAGACGACAAACAUUAUACACAAUUCCAGCACACACAAAUAUUGUGACUGAUGUUAAGUACCAAAAAGAAGUUGGACAUUUCAUCGUUUCUUCAUCGUAUGAUGGAUCAAUCAAAUUUUGGAGCAAAACCUGGCAACCCCUUAAGACCAUCUCUUCGGACAGAUUAAGAACUAAAGCGCAUUUACUGUUGAUGUUUGUUGCAUUCUUUAUUGCUGCACCAGUUGUCGUCACGUCUCUGAAAAUUGAUAACAGUGCUAUUUAUCUUAAAGAUAGAAUUCGACAAACGCGAAAUGUGCACAUAAAAGAUAUUACGGAGAUUUCAAACGCUUACAGUGAUUCAUCGCUGAUAACUUAUCAGUCAAUCGAUCAUGUGAAAAAUGAUAUUUCAAGCUACGAAGUAAACGAUGACGACUGGAGAUUAUUUGAAAUAUCCAUCGAAGGUUUCCAUGAUAUAAAUCAAAAUUCCAUUUAUCUGAGGUCAACUAAAUCAAGGUCUGCAUGUUCCGAGUCGUCGUCAACACUUCCCGCAUGGAAAAUCGAUGAAAAUAUUAGUAAAGGGAAGUUUCUUCUAAAAAUCAAUCACGCAACUCAAUACACUGGAGAAAUAUUCUACCUUUGCUAUUAUAAUGAAAAGCUUGAUAAUUUCCAACAUUUAGGCGAUUAUUCUCGCUUUCGUAUCGAAAGCACAAAACCGCGUGAAAUUGUAAAACGAGAAGUAACGAAUGAUGAUGAUUUGAGAAUCGUUGGAUUUCGUGUUGAACAUUCUGAUAAAGAGCCUGAGAAUGAAGAUGGCGUCCCUGUCAUCAGAUCAGGUUCCAAAGUUACUUUGCGCUUAUUUGGAUUUGGAUUUAAAGAAAACACAACGAUUGGUCUUACAUCGGGAACACCUGAGUUUGGAGCGCAAUGCAACACGAUGAUUCCAAAUUAUGAAUUUAAAAUAAAUAAAUUGGAAUCGACAACGAAUGCAAAAGUUGAAAUUCUUCUUCCAGAAAGCACGAUGAUGCUUUAUUUUUGUGCUGCAAAUGAACCGAACAUGUUCUUCCACCAAGGAACAGAUGAAUGGAUGAGCAUUAAAAGUCAAGAGCCGCUACUUCCAUUAUGGAUUCAAAUCAUCAUCAUUUUGACUUGUUUGUGUUUCUCGGCACUUUUCUCGGGUCUUAAUUUGGGAUUGAUGUCACUCGACCGAACUGAUCUUAAAAUUUUAUGCAACACUGGAUCGGAGAGCGAAAAGCGUUACGCGAAUGCUAUUCAGCCAGUUCGUGAUCACGGAAACUUUCUCUUGUGCAGCAUUCUUUUGGGUAAUGUACUGGUUAACUCCACGUUCACCAUUCUUUUAGACAGCUUAACCAGCGGUUUAGUUGCUGUUAUUUGUUCAACACUGCUGAUUGUCAUUUUUGGCGAGAUCACACCUCAGGCGAUAUGUUCUCGUCAUGGACUUGCUGUUGGUGCAAAGACUAUAAUGGUAACAAAAUUCAUUAUGCUGCUCACUUUUCCACUCUCAUAUCCGACAUCAAAAAUCCUGGAUUAUUUACUUGGUGAAGAAAUCGGAACUUAUUACAAUCGGGAGAGAUUAAACGAACUGGUUAAAGUUACGAAAGAUCAUAAUGACUUAGACAAGGAUGAAGUUAACAUCAUAUCUGGUGUUCUUGAAAUGCGUAAAAAGACUGUUGGUGAUAUAAUGACACCGAUUGAUGACGCAUACAUGCUUCCAAUUGAUUCAGUUUUAGAUUUCGAAACGAUUUCUAAAAUUAUGAAUUCAGGAUAUUCUCGAAUUCCCGUUUACGAAGGUCAACGGACAAAUAUUCUCUCGUUACUUUAUAUCAAGGACUUGGCUUUUGUAGACACUGACGACAACACUCAACUUCGUAUGCUUUGCGAAUUCUAUCAAAAUCCGUGUCACUUCGUAUUUGAUGACGUAACUUUAGAUGUGAUGUUUAAACAGUUUAAGGAAGGAAACAAGGGACAUUUGGCAUUUGUUCAUCGUGUGAAUAAUGAUGGCGACGGUGAUCCGUUUUAUGAGACAAUUGGAUUAGUUACACUUGAAGAUGUUAUAGAAGAAUUAAUUCAAGCUGAAAUUAUGGACGAAACUGAUCGCAUCACUGACAAUCGCACAAAGAAUCGUCGUUCAAGACCCCAAAGAUUGAACGACUUCUCAUUCUUCGUUGAACGACGACCAGACACACAAAAAGUUCGAAUUUCGCCACAAUUGACAUUGGCUGCUUUCCAAUUUAUGAGCACAACUCUCGAACCUUUCAAACGCGAACAUAUUUCUGAGAAUAUUCUUCGACGUUUAUUGAACCAAGACAUUGUUCGUCAUAUUAAAAUCAAGUCGAAGAACAAAAACGAUCCGAACAUGUACAUCUUCCAGCAAGGAAAAGGUGUCGACUUUUUUGUAUUGAUUCUUGAAGGACGCGUUGAAGUGACGGUUGGAAAAGAGAAUCUUGUAUUUGAAGGUGGACCUUUUACACAAUUUGGAAUUCAAGCGCUUGCACCAAACGUUGGUUUUGAUUCACCAUCUCAACAACUUACAGCUCAAGGCUCGGCACAAGGUAACGUCAUGGGAUCGUUACAGUCAUUGAACAUGGAUGCGAUAUUACGACACACGUUCGUUCCUGAUUAUUCAGUGAAAGCGCUGACGGAAGUUAUUUAUUUGGUGGUAAAGAGAUCUCUUUAUCUUGCUGCAAAACGUGCUACUUUAAUGGAGCAAUCAAGACGUAUGGGUGAACACAGCAACGAACCAUUCGAUGACGAAGUUGAAAAGCUUCUUUAUUCACUUGACGAAGACGACAGUAACGUUCACACUAACGUGAAUUCACCGAGAAUCAGUAAACCAGCUUCUCCAGUCUUAAAUCAAGGUUUAAUGACUCAAUCUGACAGCAACCACCAGUUGCAGAUUGAAACUGACGGUGACGCGAAAGUUAUCACUUAUAGUCAAGGAAAUCUAAGCGGCAAUCAUAUUGCAUCUAUGUCCAAUUCACAGAAAGCGUCUGUUGAAUUAAACGAUGGAACUGAGCUUGAAGUUGAGCAGCCGCUUUUGAAUCGCUCGACAAAUUCAUAACAACAAAUAUCUAUUUUUACCAUAUGUGUAUUUUUUAAAACAUUUCCGCAUGAUUAUCUUUCUACAUUUCUUUUUUCCAUCCAUUAAUUGUCAAUCAAAGUUCUUUUUUUUUGUUAGAAAUUACAAAACGAUCAAUAAGUAUGUUAAAUGUUAUAAAAGAAAGUUAAACUUUUCUUCGUAUAAAAUUAAUAACUUUAAUGGAAAUGAAGGAGUUGUUUAUCAAUAAAUGUCAUCUGCAUGGGAACCAAAGAAUUAAAGAAGAAAACAUCGUUGAAGGAAAAUUAUUUAUGUAUUUGAUGCAUGAAUCAUGAUUUGACUCCCAUAAAUUGAAGAAAACAAACAAUAAAUGAAAACGAUGUACUUAUGGGUCGAAGUACAUUAUAUAAAGAUUUAAUAAUUAAAUACCUGCAACUUCCUUAGAGGCAAAUCUACUUACCUACUUGCAAACAAUUUCGCUUUCUAGACCAGACAAAUGAUUAUUCAAAGAAACAAAAGAAGAAAACAAAAACAUUUAUUUAUUUUUAAGAAUAGAAUUUUUAUCGUACUUCCAAAGUAUAUAUUUUUGUGGGCAAUACAAUGAUUGCUACCUACCUACAUAUAAUACAAAGUAAAACUUAAUUAUAGCGCAACAUUUGCCAACAAUUUUAUCCACAUUCUAACAGAAGAAAUAAAAAAAGAAUUCAUUUAAGUUUCUAUUAUUGAAAAUGAAAAGAUUGAAGGAAAUCUUCCAUCUUUAUGAUAUAUUUAGUAGUGAUAGAACGAUAAAUAAGUUCAUCAUUUUUUUUUUCAUCUUUAUUAAUUAAUUAUUAUGUUUCUUAUGAUAUUUUUGAAAUUGAGACUAUUUGAUAAUCCCAAGUUAUUGUUUUUGUUGCCUAUUUCCAGUACAUUGUGUCAUAGAUACAAAAAGUUGAUGUUAAAAAAAGAAUUUGACGUAAAAUUGAGACAAUGUUUUAUUUGAUAGCAAUCGGCUGGGAGAAAAAUUUAUGUUUAAAAGUAUUAAAUAAAUAAGCACUCAUAAAAUGUUGAUGCAAAUGAUGAAGUACCUUCAAGAAGUUAAAAGUAGUUAUUUGACUCUCAAAACAUUUUUUCGCAAAGAAAUAAAACUUAUUUGUUUCCAAUAAAAAUAUAUAUUUAGAUGCAAUUAAAUACAUUAUGUAGAUUCCAAAAAGAAGAAA